AUGCCGACCCAUUCUCGGAAAUCUUCUGGAGCCUCACAACAACACCGCUCUCGUCGUCCAUCUUAUUCGCACCAGCGCACCAGCACCGCGCCCGAUCCGCCCACCCUACUGCGCCUGCCCUCAACCAGCUCCACGGCUGCCUCGACCUCGCCGCGACAGCGACGGGCCAGCAUAACAAGCCCCUCGACACCUGCAGGCACCACGUCGGCCUCGUCAGCUACCACGCCCUCGUACUUCUCCCCCCAGCCCACAGCCACCUCAAGCCAGGACCCACGCUCACCACCUGGCGCAAGGCGGCCACCUGCGUCCCACAGUGCCCAUGGCAUUGACAAUUCCCGUGGACCGCCUGUCACACUGGUAACGCGCGGAAACUCUGACUUCUCGCGCCGCAACACGCAGCAGCAACAGCAGCCGCCACAACAGCCUUCAGACUUUGCCUAUGCCCAGCAGCAACUCGUGCAGGCAGGCCUCGUCUCACCAAGCAGCUCUCAAGCAACAACAAACCGCAAACGCAGAGAGUCCAUGAAUCUGGGUCCUGGCGCCGCCCCGCCGCGGACAUCAGCAGCACCACCACCACCACCAAAACAACAAACAAGGUUGCCCACCAUGUCACGCCAAAAUUCGGCCAACACCUCGCGCCCUGCGCCACAUCGGUUGACGAGCUCCUCAGAAGAAUCCACUGAGUCCGAGUCUGGCCCACGCAGCCGUCUUGAGGACUUUCGUACAGCGCACAGCCGCCCGGGAGCCACAGCCAACUCUGGUGCCAACAACGAGCAGACCGAGGACCUCUUCUUGAACAUUGCAGCCGACAGCGCACCAAGACAACGCUCAGUGGAAGCGCCGGCGCGCAUUGACAGACUGAAAGUGAGUGACUUUUGA